UAGGUAUUUGGGGAGAGUUAUUUCUGCGCAUGCUCAAAAUGAUCAUCAUUCCGCUGGUAAUAGCUUGUCUAGUUACAGGUGUCGGAGCUUUAGAAGUUAAGACCAGUGGUAGUAUCGGAAUUGCAACUCUGGUGUACAUAAUCGUUACCCAGGUUAUUGGGGUCAUGAUUGGUAUUAUACUGGCAGUCUCUAUCAGACCAGGAACUGAUUUGGGCGAUGAACCACAAUUUGGAACUGCCAGUAGCACAGAAUAUGGGGAUACAUUUGCAGAUAUGUUGAGAAACCUCGUCCCAGAAAACGUGGUUCAGGCAUGCUUGCAACAUGUGGAGACAGAGGUUUCUUCAAAUAAAAGCAGGGAAAAUACCGGUUCUACCAAGAAUUUGACUGUACCAACAAAAUCGGUGGUUUACAAGGAAGGGACGAAUUUAUUAGGUAUCAUAGUAUUCAGCUUGGUGUUUGGUUGGGGAGUUCACGCUGCCGGUGAGGUCGGAAAGCCUGUUUACAACUUCUUUGUUGGAGUGUCUGGUGUCAUAUUCAAGAUGCUGACUCUAAUCUUUUGCGCUGCCGCCAUGCCCUUCUUGUUCAAAUGCUGCGAAGAGGAGUGCAAGAUUGACAACAGAGUCACUAAAUUCGUCCUUCCGAUUGCUGUGACCAUAAACCGAGAUGGCUCCGUUAUGUUCAUAAUGAUUGCCGCCAUGUUCAUAGCCCAAACCUAUGGUAUGACCAUUGGGGCUGGAGAGGUGGCCAUAGCCGGCCUUCUCAUUAUAUUGCUGUCCCUUUCUUUGGCUGCCAUUCCCAGUGGCAGUUUGGUUUUAUUAGUUAUCGUCUGCAGUGCAAUGGGGAUUCCUAUCUCAGACGAAACCAUCGGCCUGUUGUUCACCGUAGACUGGCUUCUGGAUCGAGUGCGGUCGGCCAGUAAUAUUUUGAGUCACGGGUUUGCCUGCGCCGUUGUCGAAAGGGUCUGUAGAAAGCAACUUGAAACAAGUAGUGAUCAACCGUCUGCAAGCACACAAGAUCACGAGAACUGCUAUGACAAUGCAGUUUAACAACAGACUCUGCUCGCCAAGUGGGUUUUAGGAAGUAAAGUCGUGAACAAGUCGCCUGAUUAAGCUUGCCAAUGAGUCCAGUCCCUUCGGCUAUAUUUGAUCUUUACCAUUUUCCCACAGUAAAGUCUUGAAUCCGACAUUUUGCAUUUAUGAAUAUUGCUAAUGAAGGAAAGAGGUCAUGCUCUCUUUCUGCUUUUUGUCCAUGGCUUUAAAGACAAAUAACAAACGUAUUUUUAUUUUGUAUCUGAGACAUAAGCAGACGAUUCAAAAGUUUCUGUAUGGGUAUUAUUUACCUGUUUAUAUCGGUAAAACUAUUCACCUAUUCAAGGCCUAGCUAUAUCGGAAA